GAUUGUUGCCAUUGACUGAAUAACUGGCAAACAGUGGUCUACUCUACCAUUGAUUGACUGCUUUCCGUUAAUUGCAAUUCAAAUCAAUAGUUGUCUCUUGAGUUGAUGUCAUCUGAGUUUAUGUGGUUUACUAUCAUUCAGUGCACCAGUGAAUGGCUGAUCUCCCUGUCCUGGUAUACCUGCGCUCACUCUAUCAUCACUCGACUGAUCCACACGCAGAUUAACAGAUAAUUGAUUGGUUCACGUGUUUAGCUCUUCACAUGUAUUCAAUUGAACCAAUCAGUGAUAGUAUAGUGUCUUAGAUAUGGCUUUAGUUAGACUAUAGUAGAGGUGAGGAGUUAUGCGACAAUGAAUGGCUUGAAUGAAGUCUUAAGCAAUGGAUCAAAUGGAUGAGCAAAUGAUAGAUUGGAGGGAAGGGCUGUGUUUAAGACAUGAGACUAACUAAAGAUAACUUAUAAUGAAGUGUUGGACUAAUUCGUGAGGGAUUGGAUCUGUUUUCUUAUUUUCUAGAUUUGAUGGUUAGAUGUGAUAUCUUGCGGAAAGAGAUGUCAAUAAUAAUCCGUUUGCAAAACCUUCCUCUGGAGGCGAACUCACUGGACAUCCGGCGCUUCUUCCACGGCCUGCAGAUCCCGGACGGAGGGGUGCAUAUCGUGGGCGGAGAGAAUGGCGACGCAUUCAUUGGGUUCGCGUCUGAUGAGGACGCCCGACAGGCCAUGGAGAGGACGGGACACACCAUUAAGGACUGUCGCAUCAAAUUACUCCUCUCUUCCCGCAAUGAAAUGCAGAAAGUCAUUGACUUAGCCCGCAAUCAGACCCUCGGACUCAAACCCAUUGACAAUCUAAACAGUAGUUCCAAUAACGCCGCCAAUUAUCUCAAUCCUGGUCUCAUGUCUCUCCAGAGUGUCUCACAAAAUAAUAUCAAACCAAAUAUCACUUCCAAUAGAAAUAGCAGUCGAAGUCCUGACAGAAGAGCUCUGAGUUCGCGGUCUAAUGAAAGAGAGGUUAGAAUCAGGAAUAGGAGUAGAAGUAGAAGUCCUAUCCGUCAGGACAGGGAUCGCACUCUCAAUGGAAGUGCGGGCAAUGGUCUCAAUAGAUUGGGUUCAAUGCAUUCGGGAGUUAUGGGAGAUAUGGACUCAAUCAGGAAUUCUUCGCUCAACAACUCAUACCCACCGCACGACUCGUCCGUUCGCUCCCGACUUAGCUAUUCCGAGGCUGUCCUUCCCAAUGGACUGCCAGACCGACGGCUUGAUCAGUGGAACCCAAACGAAGGUUUUGACGGACAGAGAGGAUUGCGACCUGAAAUAUCUGCUUCGGGAGACUUUGGCGAUCGGGAACUCGAACUCUUAAGUGAUAGCCAUUUAGUGCGGAAUCAAAGAGAUAUGAAUGUGAACGACAGGCCACCCGUCUAUACUGUAGAGCUUCGCAAUUUGCCGUACAAUGUAGUGGUUCGCGAUAUCAUAGACUUCUUCAAUGGUCUCUUUGUUCCCGAAGAGAACGUCAAGAUCUUGAUAGACGACAGGGGCUUCACGACUGGCGGCGCUCUAAUCCGUUUCAAUAACGAGCGCGACUUCGACGCCGCCCUUUCGAUGAACAAACGGUUCCUCUCGAGCAACAAGAUUGAUGUC